AUUUGCUUUCACCCAUUACUAAUGACACAUUGAACUUAUAAGCGGGAAAAAUAAAAUCAACAAAAAGCUCAAUUACGUAUAAACCUUCUUAUUUUAGAGGAAGAAAUAAAUGCAGCGAAUAGAGAAUUGGGUUGGGAAGGGAUUACCGAAAGUAGAGAAGGAGAGUGAAGAAUACGAAUCCAUUAAGAAUGGUUUCUUGAAGGGUAUGGGAUUUAUGGGAAAUGCCACAACUGUCAUUGCCAUUCACAAGAACGAUGUUUCCUUUAGUUUGGCAAGGCAAACUCGUUGGGAUUCCUUCAAUAUUUUCUCUAAGGCUGUGGCAAUCAAAUCUGGUGGAGAUGCAAAUGUAAGGAAUGCUUGGUAUGGUAGUUCCUUAGAUGAUCUCCUAGAAAUUGUAUCUGUUGGAUUCAAUGGAUGCAAAAGCCAUGAUGAUCACGAUGAGUCUCACGGUGUUGGGAUUCCCUUAUUUUCUGUCCAUUCCUCCAUUGAUAGUGCUAUGUGUACAGUAGCAGAUGAGCAUGGUUUGAGACAUGUGUUACUAUGCAGAGUGAUUUUAGGGAAGGUGGAAGCUGUUGGUUGUGGUUCAAAGCAGAGCCAACCUAGUUCUAAGCAAUAUGACUCUGGUGUGGAUGAUAUUUUAGCACCUACAAAACAUAUUAUCUGGACUGCUUUUAUGAAUUCACACAUUCAUCCAAAUUAUAUUCUUAGUUUCAGAUAUAAUUACACAAAGGAUUCAGUGGUACAUGGAGCACUGAAACCUCAAUCACCAUAUAUGUUGUUUCCCAAUUUAGUAGCAAGAGUUUCAAAUAAUUUGAAACCAGCAGAGAUGACUAUGUUACUCAAAAGCUACCGAAUUUACCGACAACGGAAGAUUUCAAGACAAGUAUGGAUAAACAAAGUGAGAUUGAUUGUGGGAGACACACUGCUCCAUUCAGUGAUCAUAAAAUCCAACUACGAUGUGCACAUUCUUUAGUCUCUCUUUUUCUGCUUUUUACCAAAAAAUUAUUGCUUUUCUUUUUCCUUAUAUGUUGUUCAUUUCGUUAGGUUUUAAAUUUUGAUAGUUGGGUUGAUAGUAAUUGGGUUCGGCUUUUGCUUCCUGCAUCCUCUCAAUUUCUUACACACCCUCUCAAAUUUUUAAAAUGACCAUUUGGGCUACAUUAAUAUAUUCAUAAAACUUCAGAAAAAAUUUUCAGAACAAGAUUUUUGGAUCAUAAUAUCUAAAACAGGAUUUUUUGGAACGUAAUUUUGGAAAUAAAAUUUUCAGAAUGUGUGAAAUAUAUUUUGAAAAAUAUUUUUCAGAAUAAAUAUUUAGAACCAAUUUUCUGGAAUGAGUUUAUGAAACACUUCUGCAUGAAAUAUGUUUUGAAAAUAG